AUGGCCCAUUCUUUCGGUCAAGCCGAGAUUAAUUGGGACAAGCUAGAUAAAACUAAGUUCUAUGUGGUAGGAGCUGGACUCUUUACCGGUGUUACGGUAGCACUUUAUCCGGUUUCAGUUGUGAAAACUAGGCUGCAGGUUGCAACUAAGGGGGCUGUAGAGAAAAAUGCCUUUUCUGUUGCAAAAGGAUUACUUAAAACAGAUGGCAUCCCUGGCCUAUAUAAAGGGUUUGGUACGGUUAUCACUGGUGCAAUACCGGCAAGAAUCAUAUUCAUGUCGGUUCUAGAGACCACAAAGGUGUAUGCCUUUAAAAUUGUGAAACCAUUUGGACUAUCGGAAACUACUCAAGCUGCCGUAGCAAAUGGAUUUGCAGGCAUGACAUCGUCACUUUUUGCUCAAUCUGUGUUUGUACCAAUUGAUGUGGUUAGCCAAAAGUUGAUGGUGCAAGGAUACUCGGGCCAUGCCCAAUAUAGUGGGGGUCUGGAUGUUGCCCGUAAGAUUAUAAGGUCUGAUGGCAUUAAGGGAUUGUAUCGAGGGUUUGGUCUUUCUGUUGUUACUUAUGCACCUUCUAGCGCAGUUUGGUGGGCAAGUUAUGGUUCAAGCCAACGCUUCAUUUGGAGAUUCUUGGACCAAGGUGCCAAACAUGAUGAAGGUACUCCCAGUGUGCUGAAGAUCAUGUUAGUUCAGGCUGCGGGAGGGGUUAUUGCCGGUGCAACUGCUUCCUGCAUUACAACCCCAUUUGAUACUAUCAAGACACGGUUACAGGUGAUGGGACAUGAAAAUAAAAGCUCUAUAAAACAAGUUACUAAAGCUUUAAUCAAAGAAGAUGGUUGGAAAGGCCUAUAUAGAGGGUUUGGUCCAAGAUUUUUUAGCAUGUCAGCAUGGGGCACGUCAAUGAUACUGACUUAUGAAUAUCUGAAACGAUUAUGCGCAAUAGAGGAAUAG